AAAAAAAGAGUCAAAACAAUGGAAGAGAGUUAUAGGGAGCAUCUGGGUAGAAGUAAGGAAAGAGAAAGCAAGAACUGAGUGAUGAAAAUACAUCCUAAGGGAGAAGCGAGAGCAGUUGGAAGAACCAUGGCAACAAAUCCUGAUGCUGCUUUUGAGACCCUCAUGAAUGGAGUGACCAGCUGGGAUCUUCCUAAAACUUACAUCCCUUGUGAACUCCUUCUUAUUGGGGAGGCUGCCUUCCCAGUGAUGGUGAAUGCUAAGGGCCAGGUGCUCAUUGCUGCCUCUUCCUAUGGCCGAGGCCGCCUGGUUGUCGUAUCCCAUGAGAGUUACCUGCUGCAUACUAACUUGGCCCCAUUUCUUGCAAACGCAGUGAACUGGCUCUGCCCCUCCAAAGGGGCUCCCAUCACAGUGCAUUCCUCCUUGGCAUCACUGGUAAACAUCCUUCGUUAUUCUGGUCUAGAGGCGCUGGUUCAGCCUGAGCCUGGAGAGGCUCCGGGUGUUUACUGCACUGAUGCCUACAAUGACAGUUUGACUGAGAAGCUGGUCCAGUUUGUGAAGCGCGGUGGGGGCUUGCUCAUCGGGGGCCAGGCCUGGUAUUGGGCCAGUCAACAUGGCCAUGACAAAGUGCUGUCCAGUUUCCCCGGGAACCAGGUGACAAGUGUGGCUGGCGUGUACUUCACAGAUGUCUGUGGGAGUAGAGACUGGCUCGAUGUCUCUCAAGAGAUACCCAAUCUCACGCUUUAUGUCAAGUGUGAAGAUGAGCUCAAAUAUGACCAGCAGCAACUCCUGGAAGGGCUGUCUGAGAUAGACAUCAAGACAGGACCUGUCCCCUCCCAGCUGCUGGUACAUGGGCAGCGGGCCUUUCCCUUGGGAGCGGACAAUUCAUUCAAUUGCUUUCUCGCAGCUGCCCGCUAUGGCCGUGGUCGUGUGGUGUUGGGAGGACAUGAGAGUUUGAUGAUUAAUGAAGCAAUGCUGCCGUUUGUGCUCAAUGCUUUGCGCUGGCUGAUGGGACAUCAGACAGGCAAGAUUGGGUUGGCUUCAGAAAUGAAAGCCCUGAAGUCUAUGUUACCAAGCAGCAGCUUCCAGUGGAGUGAAACGGAACUUCUGACCAGUGAUUUGAGUGUCUUUUGCUGCUGCUCAUUCACUGGCAUAGAUGCCAAGAAAGUAGAAGAAUUUGUUGCAGAAGGCGGAGGCUUGCUAAUUGGUGCAGAGGUCUGGCAAUGGGGCCGCAGGAACCCAGACUCUGAGUGUAUGACUCAGUGCCCAAAUAACACCAUCCUUAAAUGCUUUGGCCUUGGCAUCUUAAGCCAGGUAGUCAAGCGAGGCUCCUUCCCAGUCCCAAAUCCUCAGGUGAUAAACUAUCAUAUCCGUAGAACCCUGGCCCAAUUUGAGUCCAUGAUUGACAGCCAGGAGACCAUAAUUCAAGAGAGAUGGCUGGAGAAGCUCGUGAAAGAUUGUUCCUACAUGUUUCAAAUGACACAUCAGAGGAUUUCUGUCUAUGACUCUGUGAAGAAACAUGCCCUGAAAAUCAUCCAAAACAAGGGCUUCCCAACUGUGACUGAGGAACACCCAGUCUUAAAUGGCAGCUCUCAGGCCUUUCUGCUUUUCCUGGCUUAUGAAUUAUUCAAAUCUGGAGUUGCCGUAUCUCAGCUACUUCCUCCUCCCUCCUUACUACCCCCCACAGAAUCUCCCAUGGUCAUUAAAAUCAGCAAAGACAACCGCAAUUCCUGGGUGAGCACUGGACUCUACUUGCCUGAAGGUCAGGUUGCACAAAUAACACUUCCCAGUGAAGUCACUAAUGCCAAGCUGAAGGUCCUCAUUGGUUGCCACACGGAUAACAUAAGUGAAGCAAAGGCUUACAACCGUCCUCCUGUGAUGACAUACACACAUGACUUAAAUGAAUCCCCGAAGUCCAUCUCCUGGCUGUAUGGGGGGCUUCUCUACAUCGUUGUUCCCCCCAAGUACAAUCAGGAUAAUGUGUCGAUCACCAUCAGUGGGGCUGUGUCUGCUCCAUACUACAGAAUGGGUGAGACGACACAGGAGGAAUGGAAGAAGCUUAUCAAGCACAGCAAAGCUCCCUGGGGAGAACUAGCCACAGAGAAUAUUAUCCUGACAGUCCCAACAGGAAACCUCAAGGUCCUUCAGGACCCAUUCCCACUGCUCCAACUCUGGGAUAAGAUGCUCCAGGCUGUAGCAAGAUUGGCAGCCACACACUUCCCUUUCCAAAGACCCGAGAGGGUUGUGCUUGAUAAACAGAUUUCACUUGGUUUUCUGCACUCUGGAUACCCCAUCAUGGGCCACACUAGCAUAGCCGAAGGCCUGGUUGACGAGGUCACCAUAAGAUCACAUGGUAGCUGGGGUGUGAUCCAUGAGCUGGGUCACAACCAACAGAAGGGAAUAUGGAGUUUCCCACCUCACACCACUGAAGCCUUGUGUAAUCUCUGGAGUGUUUAUGUGCAUGAGACUGUUCUGAACAUCCACAGGGAUCAGGCCCACCGUUCUCUAAACCCUGAUCUUCGGAAGCAGAGGAUCAAAAACCACCUGGCCAAGGGAGCACCCCUGAGUAACUGGGUUGUCUGGACAGCUCUAGAGACUUAUCUCCAGCUCCAGGAGGCCUUCGGGUGGGAGGCAUUCAUCAAGAUCUUUGCUGACUACCAAUCCCUCUCUAGCUUUCCUCAAAACAACAAAGACAAGAUGAAUCUGUGGGUGAAGAAGUUCUCUGAGGUUGUGCGGAAGAACCUGGUCCCUUUCUUUGAAGCCUGGGGCUGGCCUGUCCAAAAUGACGUCGCUGAAAGCCUGGCCUAUUUGCCAGAGUGGCAGGAAAACCCUAUGAAAAUGUAUACAGCCAAGGGAACAGAAUGAAGUCACAACACAAGUUCUAGCUGGGAAAAGACAAUUUAUUUAUUGGACACAACAGAAAAUCCUCAUGAUUCAACAAAAUUCAAGUUGAGUAACUUUCACCCCUUCAGUUGUCAGAAUCAUCUUAAUCAUCGUUUGCAAAACAGAUUCAAUUAGACAGUAAUUUUUCAAAACUUGCAAUAUAGAUGGCUCAAUAUAUUGCUUCUAGAUUAAUUUUAAGCUACCUGAUUUGCCUCUUGACCUUUCUGUUUAGCAUUUUUCAUAUUCUCUGUGUGUGUACAGAAGCUGAUCAAUGUCUUUGCAAAUUCAUGGCACAUGAAUAUUGCUAAACUAUGUACCUUAUAUAUAUAUGGCUUUCAGGACAAGUGAGUAAACCUGAAUUUCAAAAUGACCAAGGAGAAAUAAGAAGGAUUCCUGACAUCAACCUCUGUCCUCCACAUUCAUGUGCACACAUACACACAUCCAUAUACACAUGAAUGCAUCCUAUGCACACACAUGAAAAGUGAAAAGAAAUAAAUUAGUGAAAUAAGUCAUCAGUGCUAUCUCUACAGCCCUUAUCAGAAAGAACAAUCUAUCAUAGCUGUUCUGUUCAUAAUGACAGGAACCCAAGAUAUGCUAAAAGAGAAACACAUAUGGGAAUUCUUUAUGCUUUCAUCUGUUUUGUGAAAUUUUCUAUGGAGAACUGACUUUCAUUUUUACAUGACAGAAAUAUGCUGUCAAUCAAAAUCUCCAAACAUCCCCAUCACAAAAUGUAGGCAUGAAUCCAUGGAUGGUCAACCACACCUCUCAACUUGCUGGACUCAGUAACUUUACUACCUAUGCUCACAGAUUUCCUAAUGAGUCACAAAAACAUAGUUAGGAAAGAAUUUAUUCUUGAAAUCAGGGUUUCUAUGAAUCAUAUAAACCUAAAAUUGUCUUGUAGUAGCACUAUACUCACAGAAACAGGACUCUAUGACUUAAAAAGGGAUGAGAUAUCAAAGAGAAAGAGCUAUGUCUCCAAUGAUAGUUUUCAUGAAUCUUGAUUUAGUAGUGACUUGAGUUCCAUAGCAGGACCCAGAAUGUCUUGUUUACUAAGUCAAUAAAGUGUUGCCUUUGUUUCUGCC